AUGAUGAAGAUUUUCAGUGUGCUAUUAUUUCUUAUUAUUUUCAUUAAAUAUACUGAAUCAAAAUCGUUGCGUCGUUCGUAUCUAGUGGUUAAAAGUUCAGACGAAAAAAAAUUAUUAUAUCGAAUACAAACUUCAACAAGUGACAUCGAUACAAUUAUAUUAGUCGAUAAUCCUAUUGUGGCAAAUACUGAAGAUAUAAAUUUAGUGCAUAAUCAUGAUGAGAAUUCUUUCUUUAUUCUUUCUAUUAAACGUAUUGAAUUAACAACAACAACAACAACAAAAGCGAUUCGUUCAUUUCUAGUUGUCAAAAUCAACACAAACUCUACAAGUUUAAUACAUGAAAUGACAAUAUUCUAUGCUGAUGAAAGAAAAUUAUUAUAUCGAUUAAAAGCUUCUACUAGUGAUAUUGAUACUAUUGUACUUGUUAAUUAUCCAGCAAGAAAUAUUGUUGCUUAUGUUGAAGGUAUAUGA